AUGAGAAUCGCCAAGUUACUACUCACACUAACGACAUUGUUGACGGCGGCUGUCUCCGAUACAGAAGUUUACACCGUCUCCAAGCAAACUCGUGAUGUUACUCAAUUAUUGAACCCUAUGGAGGAAGAACAUUUGGUUCAUGAAUUUGAACAACUGGAUGAUAUUCAUUCAUGGAGGUUUUACAAUUAUAAUCAUUUUGAAUCAUCACAAUUGUGGCAACAAUUGAGUGUGUCGACACUGGAGACUCUGUUUAAUCAGACUAUUGUCCAUUUAGUUGAGACUAAUGAGACUUUGAUUCUUUCGUCGUUGAAUCCCGUGACUUUUUUUGAAUUUGAAGUUGGGUCAUUUAUGACUGGAAAACUGAAUAUGACUUCACGGGUGGACUGGCUCAAUGACAUAGAUGAAGAGGCUGAUUUUGAUCAAAAUGCGGCUACUAUUUCUGCUUUUCAAAAAGCAGGUUUAGCUGCAUUUACCGAAAACGACAUUGAUAAUAUCGAUAGUAAUGGUGAUGACGAAGGAAGAGCCACAAUGGUUAUUCAAUUUGACCCCGAUAGUCAAAUAUUGAAGAGUGCAUCACCCAACAUGGCUAUCAAUUUGUUUUUAGUUAGUCUUUAUGUUGAACUGGGAGCUGAAGGGGUGAAGAACAUGGUGAUGAAUGACGAUACGAUAUUUGUUGUCCCCAGUGCUGAAGGUGAUGUUGAAUUUGAAGCUCAAGGAAUAUUGAAGUUGAUUAUUCUCCCCAUCCUCAAAUUAAAGAAGUUGAUAUGGAUAAUUGAGAAAAAGACUAUUGCCUUGUUGGUGAAGCUUAAAGAGUUGACGGUUGCUAUAUUGAAAAAGACAAAAAAGAUUGUUAUUUUGAUCACCAUCAAGACCAAAUUGAUCAUUUUAAAAACGGCUUUUAUUAUCAAACAGAAGAUUAAAAAGGCGAAAUUGCUUGUUGAAAUUGUGGCGAUUGUAACGAAGGAAAAGACGAAGUACAAGAUUAAAAAGACGUUAAUGAUUAUUGCAAUGUUGAAGGAAAAAGCUAAGGAUAAGGUGCGCAAUAGUAAAGAAGCACUUAAAGCUGCAAAAAAUAAAAUGAAGAAAGGAAGUGGAGACUGGAGUGAUAGCGAUUGA